CACCGCCUUGUCCUGACCCUCAACAACUGCCUAUAGCACGGUGAUGAAAAGACGAGCUUUUUGAUUUACAAUAACAGUGAGACUUGCGGCUUCAGUUCUUUACUGGACCGUAAUUUCUAUAAGUGACAUUUUCCAAAGCGAUCGCGGUUUAAAGUGCAGAGGGUGCAUUUGAGCUUUUUGGGCAUUGAGGAAAGACUCAGUUGUAGAACUGACAGAUUUAAUGAUGACGACAUCAUGGAGUGAUCGACUUCAGGACUAUGCAGACCUCCCGGCAAACAUGGAUGGACUAGCUAUGAAGAAAUACUGGAGAGAGGCCUACCACAGAGUGUUUGUGAACAGAAGUUUGGCCAUGGAGAAGAUAAAAUGCUUUGGCUUUGACAUGGAUUACACUUUAGCAGUAUACAAAUCACCUGAAUACGAGUCUUUGGGAUUUGAUCUGACUGUGGAGCGGCUGGUCUCCAUUGGCUACCCACAAGAAUUGCUCAGCUUUGUUUAUGACCCCACUUUCCCUACAAGAGGUCUGGUGUUUGACACCAUGUAUGGCAACCUCCUGAAGGUGGAUGCUUAUGGAAACAUCCUGGUCUGUGCCCAUGGCUUUAUCUUCCUUCGUGGCCCUGACAUCCGAGAGCUCUACCCCAACAAGUUUAUCCAGCGUGAUGACACAGAGCGCUUUUACAUCCUCAACACACUCUUUAACCUUCCAGAAACAUACCUCUUAGCCUGCCUGGUUGACUUCUUCACAAACUGUGACCGAUAUUCCAGCUGUGAAACAGGCUUUAAGGAUGGAGACCUCUUCAUGUCCUUCAAGAGCAUGUUUCAGGAUGUUCGAGAUGCUGUUGACUGGGUGCAUUUUAAGGGAACGCUGAAGAAGAAAACAGUGGAAAACCUGGAGAAGUAUGUUGUGAAAGAUGCAAAGUUGCCAUUGUUGUUGAGCCGCAUGAAUGAAGUCACCAAAGUUUUCUUGGCCACCAACAGUGACUACAAAUACACUGACAAAAUAAUGACAUACUUGUUUGACUAUCCUUAUGGCUCAAAGCAUGGCAUUCCACACCGUCCAUGGCAGUCCUACUUUGACCUGAUUCUAGUGGAUGCUCGGAAGCCUUUAUUCUUCGGAGAGGGAACGGUUCUAAGACAGGUGGAUAUGACCACGGGGAGACUGAAAAUAGGUACAUACACUGGACCUCUACAGCAUGGCAUUGUCUACUCUGGAGGUUCCUCUGACAUUUUGUGUGACCUGCUCGGAGCAAAAGGGAAGGAUAUUGUGUACAUUGGGGAUCAUAUUUUUGGGGAUAUCCUUAAGUCCAAGAAGCGACAGGGCUGGCGGACAUUCCUUGUGAUUCCUGAAUUGGCACAGGAGCUGCAUGUGUGGACAGACAAGAGCUCUCUGUUCGAAGAACUGCAGGGCUUGGACAUUUUCUUGGCAGAACUAUACAAGCAUUUGGACAGCAGCAGCAAUGAGAGACCAGAUAUCAGUGCCAUCCAGAGAAGAAUGAAGAAAGUAACUCAUGACAUGGACAUGUGUUACGGGAUGAUGGGUAGUCUUUUCCGCAGUGGUUCUCGGCAGACUCUGUUUGCAUCUCAGGUGAUGCGUUAUGCUGACCUGUACGCUGCUUCAUUCAUCAACUUGCUCUACUACCCCUUCAGCUACCUGUUCAGAGCCGCACAUGUGCUGAUGCCCCAUGAGUCCACAGUGGAGCACAGCCACGUGGACACAGACACAGAGUCUCCUUUGGCCACACGCAACCGCCACUGCACUGACUGUAAGGACAUUGACUGCAAAAGAAACCAGCUCACAUGCUCCAUCAGCGAAAUCAAACUGCCCCACCUGUUCGCUCAACCACCGCAGGAAAUCACACACUGCCACGAUGAAGAUGAUGAUGAAGAGGAGGAAGAGUAGAUGGUGUUAGGAGCCUUAUAGGGUAAAGAUCCAUAGGGAGAAAAUGACAGAGUGAUGACGAUGAUGAUAUGGUGUGGUGUAGAUGAGGAGUGGACAUAUGAAGUAGAUAUUGGAUAAACAAGCUCAAGCUCAAACAGCUAUGUGGAUAGCACCAGAGUUUGGUUCUACCCUUUACUGGCUGUUUCCUUCUUUUAAAUGAAAAAAGAAAGAAUGAAUAAAAGUUUUUUUUUUUUUUUUCCAAUAAAUAAUUUUAGUGAUUUUAGUAACGAUGAGGGUGGGAUCUGAAAUUGUUUUCAAUAUGGAUAGAAUCAUCAUUGAAUCAGCUCAAAUGUGAUAGACAUCAAAUGAAAACAGUGAAGGGACAUGGUGCUUUACUGUGAGCUGAUGGAGAAAUGUACAUGCAUCAUACUGUGACACAAACACAAACAAACUAAUCAAACCCUAUUAGUAUGAGGGAAGAGUUGAUUUCAGUUGUUUGGUACUGUACACAGCUUAUUAUAUUCAGAAUAUCAUGGUCCAGUAUUUUAUUAUAGUCAUAUUAUUUUUAAAAGAUGUUUAGACCUUUUUUAUAACUUUAAGUCCAUCCAGUUAGAUUAGCUUAGUUUGCUACCUCCUGAAAAGAUUGUAUCCAAUAACUGUCUCUUAGAAAACUGUGCAUGUUGGCAGAGCAUCUGUGUUUAAGUCCUGCGUGUGUUAUGAAUGUGAAUGAAGCACAGAGAAACUGAAGCACACGGUUUAGUGUGACGUGUUUGAGGAAGUGUGGCCAACACAAGAAUCCAGUUACUUGGCAACGGCAUGCAGCCAGUUUCUGUUUUUUUUUUUUGUUUGUUUUUUGUUUUUUUUAAAGGGGUUUAUUGUUACCCUUUGGUUUUCAUCUAUUAUUUUUAUGCAGAUAUCUUGGCUAGACGUAAUGCUGCACAGUAGCUAUUAACAUAUGCUUGUAUUACAACAGAAAAUGAGAAUCCCUGAACACACACAGACACACAUGAUUUCAGUACCUGCUCUAAUUUUGGCAAAACCAGCAUAGGGCAUGUAUUUUUAUACAGUUAAUAUAAAUUGGACGCAACAGUCUAAAGUUUGACUUAAUCCUUAGGUGCCAUUAAAGGGAUACUGUAAAGCAGUAUUCAAUGAAUGUCACAAACUAUUCAAAUAUCAAAUAUAAGUGACCUUGAUAUUCAAAAAAAUUAACUAUUUAGUAGGAGAUCUUUAAAGGAGCUUAUCAUUAUCCAUCAAAAAUAAGAAAUUGAGAUCAACCAAGGAAAUGUAUAGAUCAUUGUGGGGAAAAAGUCAAAAGUUAAAUGGAUAGUUUACCUCAAAAUGAACACUGUCUCAUCUUUUACUCACCCUCAUGCCAUCCCAGAUGUCUAUGACUUUCUUUCUUCUGCAGAAUACAAAUGAAGAUUUUUAGAAGAAUAUCUCAGCUCUGUAGGUCCAUACAAUGCAAGUGUGUGGUGGCCAAAAUUCUGAAGGUCCAAAAAGCACAUAAAGGCAGUAUAAAAGUAACUUUAUGCUCCAGUGGUUAAAUACAAUUUUUCAGGGGGCGAUAUAAUAGGUGUGGGUAAAAAACAGAUCAACAUUUUAGUCCCUUUUUUUUUAUUUUAUUUUUUUUACAAUAAAUCUCCACUUUCACUUCCACAUUCUUAUUUUUUUUUUUUUUUUUUUUUUUUUUUUUGGCGAUUCACAUUCUUCGUGCAUAUUGCUACCUACUGGUUGGGGCUGGCCAAAGGUGGAGAUUUAUAGUACAAAAUGACUUAAAUAUUGAUCUGUUUCUCACCCACACUGGGACGGCAUGAGGGUGAUUAAAUGAUGAGAGAUUUUUAAUUUUUGGGUGAACUAUCCCUUUAACAGCUGGGCAUUGUGAAACUGAUGUGAUAGGUUCGGUAACAGAGAAUGCUAUUGCUCUGGUGAUUGUUUCUAUGGAAAUUAAUGCAGUCCUGGCUAAUGUUUGAAAUCUAUUGAUGGUUUACUCCCAUGAUGGUUUACAAUACAGUGUACAGAAUUAUUUUUUAAUUUUUAGCUGAUAGGAUUUAGACCCUUUUUAGAUGUGUAACCGAACAGCAAGAAUGUGAAAGCCAGUGCGUUUGUAAGAUAUCAAUGCCUUCGAGGAAUAAGGUGGUUCAUUGUUUAAGGAGGAAGAGGUUUUUAGAUCUGGGAAGUAUUCAGAUCGCAUGGAACAGGUAGAAGAUUUGGAAGAUUUUUGUGCACUAUAUAUGCAUUACUCAAAAAACAUUAUGUUGGAUUGAGUGAAUUAGGCUACACAUACCACAGUGCAACCUGUAUUACUCAUAUCAUAUGCAUAUUGUAACUGUUAUUGUUUUUAUUUUAGAGAACGUAGUUUUUCAUAGAGAUGAAAGUCAAAAAGGAAAAACCAAGUAGGAGAUAUUUUUAAACCUACAGUGGAUAUUUUGUAUGUGUACACAUAGUUUGAUAGAAACUGGACAUCCUAAGAUGGGGCAGCUCUUUCAAAAUAUGCUUGUUUUUGGUCCCAGUUUUAAAGACACCAUGGUAUAAAGUGAAUUGACAAAGUUGUCCAUGACUUGGUAAAUAAGAGCCAACAUCUUCCUUAUCUGUGUUCAUCAGCCUUUUACACAGCCUCAGUAUUAUGUGUGUGUGUGUGUGUGUGUGUGUGUGUGUGUGUGUAUGGGCAGGUUUGGGUGGUUUAUGAGGACAAUUUUUUAGGUUACAAACUGGUAAUUACAAGGGUAUUAUAAAUACCUUUAAUAAAUGUGGUUUAUGAGGACAUUUCUAGUGUCCCCAUAAUUCAAAUCGCUUAAAAAACACACUAAACUAUGUUUUUUGAAAAUGUAAAAAUGCAUAAGGUUUUUUUUUGUGAGGGUUAGGUUUAGCAGUAGGGUUAGGGGAUAGAAUCUGUAGUUCGUACAGUAUAAAAAUCAUUAUGUCUAUGGAGAGUCCUCAUAAAGAUAGCCACACCAACGUGUGUGUGUGUGUGUGUUGUGUGUGUGUGUGUGUGUGUGUGUGUGUGUGUGUGUGUGUGUGUGUGUGUGUGUGUGUGUGUGUGACUGGCUCACUGGGCAUGGAUUAAAACUAUUCCUGGGCUAGUUUACACUGAUGUUGGCAAUUGUUCUUUUUAGUGUGAUUGUCUAUGCAAGGUAAACUGUGAUCGGUAAAGGUAAAGUGAUCACAGAAAGAAUUAGUACGAUAGAAAAGCAUUAAGUUUAAACCAUAUUCGUCCAGAAGACAUUGCUUCUCAAGGGCAGAAUAAAUUGCUGAAAUGAUCGUUUGGUGCUAGUUAUCAUCCCAGAUACCUCCUUAACGGGUGAAGAGCUCAUCCUUUCAGUCACAGGCACAGUAGCAUUGUACGUGCAUAUGUCUCUGUUUGAAUCAGUGUUUUUGUUUUACUAUCUUUUGCCAUAGUUCACAGUUCUAUCUGUUAAACCUGCCAAUAACCUACUAAUACAUACUGUUUGUUCCUUUCUAUUUUUUUUUUUACCUUUUUCCUAAUUUCUUUCUUUUUUUUUUUUUUUUUGUUGUGUUUUGUUGUUGUUGUUGUUGUUGUUGUGAUGUUGGAAACGUUUUCAUUAGCUUUCAGAUUAGCAAAGGAAAAGUAUAAAACUGUGCCAUCUAUAAGAUAUUUAAAAACAAAAUAGCCAUGACACUUAUUAAUCCCUGCUUUUUUGUUGUUUUGUUGUUAUUUGUUUGUUUAGGGCAUGUGAUUUCAUGUCUCCAAAAUUCAUUUCUCCCUGAAAUAUGAUUUUCUUAUUUACAGAGUUCUAAACUAUUAGUUAUACUGUACAUAUGGGGAAUUACACUAAAAUAAAGCUAAUUUUCCACUAUAAAUUCA